CCUAUUCAAUUUGCCGUGGUGAAUUCUGAAAGGAAAAGAAAAGAAAAGGAAAAACAAGUUUUACAUUUCGACAUUUAAUGGAACACGACCAGUCAGAUAUUUAUCAGAUGCAUUAUUAUGUUUAUCCGUUUAACAUGUGUUUCUAUUUUUUGUCUUUGAGAAGACACUCUGCUUAUAAACUGCCUUUCCUCCUCCAUGUAUUGAUGUAUUUCUUUUUGUAACUGUCCCAACUUACAGAUCCGUUGACUUCAUUUCAGCCAUUAAUGUGACAAAAGAGAAGCUCAGUUAGCAGGAUCGCCAUUUUUCAAUGGACAUCUGCAGUUUGGAAGCUCGCUUGUAGGUUUUCUUCUCUCUCUCUGUCUCUCUCUCUCUCUGUAAUGGCCAAUUGAGUCUACAGAGCAGUUUCUAGGAAAAGAACAAAGAACAUGAAUCUUCUUCAUGCCAUCCUGCAGUUUGUCCUCAUCCUCGAAGUUUUCCCGAUAUCUGACGAAAAGGUAUCUUGAUUCUUGCAAAAGGCAUGAGGUGCUACCCAAUUCUGCAGUACUAUCAUGUUUUCCUAAGGCCAAAAUACAAAAGUCCCGCCAGGAGAACUGUAGCAUUGCAGUUUUACUAAAUCAGCUCAAGGACAAUGAUAUUUCACCCCUGAUUGAUGUACUCUUGGCAGUAAACUCUUCUGAAAUUGAUGCAGUUGACAUGUUUCAUGAAACACCUUGCGAUUUAGAUGAAGAACAUGUUAUGUCCUUGUUGCGAGCAAUUAAUCUAAAACUCCGAGCUGUUAAUCUGCAAGGCAUGUCAUUGGAAGAGGACUUUUUGCAGGAUCUAUGCCACCAUGGCUUAGCUUGCGAGGUUUUAUAUUUGAGGUCCACUAAAAUCCAAAAACUAAAUAUGGCUGGAAGGUUCAUGCGACUACACACCUUAAAUUUGGAAUUCUGUACUUCAAUCACUAGUUUGCAUAGGGACUGUUUUUCUUGCAUGCCGAAUCUGAUGCGUCUCUCAAUGUGUGCAACGAGGGUGGUUGAUCUUUGGACCACCACUGCUGCCUUAUCGAAACUUCCUUCUUUGCUGGAACUACGUUUCCAGAACUGCUUGUGCUGCACGGAUACUAGGCCAUGUCCUGCGUCAUUUGGUAAGAAAGAAAGUGCUGCUUGUGAGAGACUUGGUUCAGCUCAAUUCAAUAUGGGUUCAUCCACUGAACUAUUGCCUGCCAAUACUGGAGAUGCUCCUACUCUAGCUUCCCAUGCUGAUGGGUUGCUUUUAGGCGCUAAUAUAUUUGUGAUAAAUGAGGCUUGUGAAGGAAGUGAUAAGCUUUCAGUCGCUACUGAUAAGCUUUCAGUUGCUAGUGAAGCCAAAAUAUCAAGAUUCCUUCAGAAAAUGGAUUUGCUGGAACUAUCAUCUAAUGUCCUUUCUACUUUGGAUGUACAAGUGAAAUUACAAAAUGAGAUUGAAGACAGCAAUAAUUUUCUUCCAAGUGGCUGCACACAGGAUUUAAAGAAUUGCAAGAACUAUAGCUCACACCACCCUUCACCCAUCUGCUUUGAGAAACAUUAUAGGGAAUACAUAAUUGCUUCAUUGCCUCAUUUGGAAGUUUUAGAUAAUCUGCCUGUUGAGAAGAUGGACAAGGAAAUGGCAAGAAUCAUCAUUUCAACACACUAUGAGUACUUACCUUAUAACAGAUGUUACAAAGAAAGCGUUUCUAACAUUCUGCGGAAACGUGAGAUAGGAGCAGGCAGUGCCUGCUGCCCAAAUUUCUCAAAGCCAAGGCAGCAAUAUCCUGACGGAAAGAGUCAAAUUUUCUUUUCACGGUCACUUAGUUCUGCCAAACUUGGGUCUGCUACAUGGCCUCUCUUGGAUCCUUUGUCUAACUUGAGUCACAUAAACAAAGAAGGAAAUAAGAGGCUCCGUCCUAGGCAGUUUGAAUAUCAUCCAUGUGAUUCCAGUCUUAUGGUGUUUGGAACUCUGGAUGGUGAUGUAGUGGUCAUCAAUCAUGAAAACGGGAAGAUUGUUGGUUAUGUUCCUUCCACAGGAGCAAUGAAUAGUAUUUUGGGUCUCUGUUGGCUCAAGAUGUAUCCAUCCAAGCUGCUGGCUGGCUCUGAUAAUGGUUGCCUGAAGUUGUUUGACAUCAGUCAUAUGCCACCGAAAGUUGCAGCUGUAAAUUGCACUACUGGAGUGGUCACUUUUGAUGAUUUUGAGCCAUUGACUUCUGUUCAUGUCAAUUCCACAGAUGAUAAGUUUGUUGCCAGUGGGUACUCAAAAGAUGUUGCUCUAUAUGACAUUAACAAUAGAAGACGCAUACAAUUGUUUCCUAACAUGCAUCGAGAGCCCAUUAAUGUUGCCAAAUUUGCUCACCAUUCUCCCUUCAUAUUUGCUACUUCAUCUUUUGACCGUGAUGUUAAGCUCUGGGAUUUGAGACAGAAACCAGAACAGCCCUGCUACACAGCUUCAAGUUCAAGAGGAAAUGUGAUGGUUUGCUUUUCUCCUGAUGACCAAUAUCUGCUUGUUUCAGCUGUUGACAAUGAGGUCAAGCAACUUUUGGCAGUAGAUGGGAGGCUUCACAUGAAUUUUGAGAUUGCCUCAACAGGAAGUGCUCAUAACUAUACUCGUUCCUACUACAUCAAUGGAAGAGACUACAUUAUAAGUGGAAGCUGUGACGAACAUGUUGUCCACAUCUGCUGUGCUAAAACUGGAAGAAGACUUAAGGAUGUUUACUUGGAGGAUAGUGACUCCAAAAAUUCUCUGUUUGUUCAGUCCCUAAGGGGUGAUCCUUAUAGGCCUUUUCACAUGAGUGUCCUUGCUGCCUCCAAGCGUCCAACCUAUAAAUGUGAGAUCAUUAAGGUCAAUUUACUAGCAUCCAGUUACUCUCCCAAAGAAUGUUCUGAUGAUCAACACGUCCGCUCAUCCAGUAGUCUAGGAGGUUGAGAUUAGAACUUCUUUCAUGGUACAUGCGUGAUAUUGGUAUGCCGAGGAAUUUACAGCAAGCCCCUCUAACUGUUGUCAGAGUUUGGCUUCCUUCUGUAAAUUCUUGUUUCACCAUGGUAUUUAAUGUCAACAGCUCGAAUGCACAUAGGUUUAAUCUUGUAUAAUACUGUAAUGAAGUUUCAUGUUUGUAUAUAAAAAUUCAUUUCAGCCAAAAAUCUGAAGCAUCAUUUUACUGUAAGGCUUCACACUGUUUUCACCACUUGCUAGUGAAUUUGAAUAGCUUGCCAAUCUA